AUGUCAUCCCAAAGUCCCAGCAGCUCCUCAAACAAUCCUCCCGACAAUAGAACCUCCGAACUGAGGAAGCUCAGCUUCGUCGCUUCAUUCGAGCACCAGAAGUUUCUCGAAGAUGUCAGCAGCCAGGCCUACGAUCUCGGCCUCAAAGCCGGUCAAAAGCAAACCAACCUCCGUCCAGAUGACGAAACCCAGGCUCUCAUCCUCAGCCUGACCGACCGCAAUGACGAGCUGCAGAAGCAGAUCAAUGACCGCCCAGCUGAUUCUCUACUCGAUCUCGCCAGGGAGAUUCGCAACAAUGUCAGCGCGGCCCAUCGCGCCGUGAGUGCUGCGAGUCUUGCUGGUUGUCUCAAGCGGAACGACGUUCGAAUUCUUAGAGAGACGUGCAGUGUGCUCUCGGAGCUGGAGAAUAAGUGCAAGGAGCGCGUUGAGGAGAUGUCACGCGGUGCGCUGAAGAGAGAUGGAGACGGAUUGGAGCGUGAGCUCAGCAACAAGCGUCCUUUUCUGGGAUAG